CCUUCAGCCAUUUUUCUAAGUGUAUUGACUAGAUGCAGUAAUUUAGUCAAUAACAUUCUUGAUGGGUGGCAGAAUUCGUGAGGCGUGGGUUCUUCUCUGCGUUCACCUGCUAGAUCUCAGGGGUAGUUGAUAGCUGGUUCUUCAACCUGCUGUGCAACUGAUUUUUAUGUGUGACCGUUUUUCCUACGUAGUGGGCCCCUUGCCUUCAGGCAGCCACUUUUCAAUUUUGAAGGUGAAAGAAAAGCAAAAGACAAUGAAUGACAAAGAGGAGAAGACAUUAGCUUAUGAAACAUUUCUGAACGAACGAUUGAGGGAUGACCUCAGGAAGAUACUGGAUCAACGAGACAAGGUGUAUGAAGAGAUAUCAGAAUAUCUACAACUGAAAUCAACUAUUGAAAAAAUAGAGGAGGACCUUUUGCCUCAGUCCUCUCUGAAGACGAAGGUUGAUCUGGGGUGUAACUUUUAUGUCCAAGCAAAUGUGGACUUCGUGAACUACAAGGUAUGCCAUUUGAAACAAGGAAGCCCCACAAGGACGUGCUAUCAUGACCCUAAUUUCUGCCUCCUGGGACGGAACUUUAAGUAAGCAAGGCUAACAGUACUGUUGUGAGACCCCUGAACUGCCUGCACAGAAAAACAACCCAUUAUAUGUAUGUGCACCAACAUGACAAAAUGAGUCACUUGUCGCUUUCACCUCUACUUCAAAAUAUCAGGCAAAACCUCGAAAUGUUUUUUUUUUUUUCAAGAACUGUGUGUUAGUGUCUUUCCAACUUCAAGCAAUUAUACCUUUGAAAAUUAGACAGGUACUGUUUUCACAAAGAUAAUUAGUGGUGCCAUUCUUUUGGGGUGGGUUUUUUUUCUUUAUUUUCUUUGUGUUCACAAGAAGUUAGUUGUAUUGUUUCACCCUGUAAUAGUUGUGUCAGUUGACUCUCUUUUUGCUUGCAGACAUGCAGUUCUGUACAUUUUCAGUUUUUUUCCACAAAAUCCCAGUGGCAUCCCUGUUUAAUUAUUAAUUGAUACCCGUAGUGACUCAUUUUGUCGGAUUACGAGACGCAUACAGUGACACAGCGUACACAGCCAGUGACCCAUAAUGAGAACUAUUGUACGAAUGUUACCCGUGGAAGAGAAACUGCUCAAGUUCAGUGAUUUGAGUGACUUGGAUGCAUUGUGUUCUUGUAAAUAUCUUGUUGGUAAUGUUAUAUUCCCUGUGGGAUUAUCAUUGUGUCAUUGAGACUUAGCAGGUAUCAUUGUAAGAGUCCGGUCCUGCAAACAAACAAGGAAUGUCAUUUAUUUUGUAAUGUUGUUAUUGUAUAUGCAGCUUACCACCCGUCUCAAAUUUCCAUAACUGCUUCGGAUAUGGCAGUUUGGGAACUUGAAAGGACAUUUUAGCCUCCUGAUCACUUAAACUACGCCAAAGCCAAUCCCAUGUGAUGUUAUUUUCAUUGUUGUUUUGUGAUCUGAUGUUAUAGUGUUGAGUGUCUCUGACUGGGUCUUGAGAAAGUAUAUUAUUAUGCGUCCAGAAGCUCACUGACUGUUACCUUUCAGGUAUUUUGAGCCUCUGUAAAUUGCUGAUGUUUAUUUUAUUGAGAUUGAAAUUGUAUUCAUAUGUCAUAUAUUGAUAAACAUUUCUGCUGGUUCAGCCCAUAAUGUUACUUUAUGCUUUUUGAUCCAAUCAUUAAAUCAUUUUGUUUUACACAUCAA